AUUACUACCAUAUUUAUUUUCCUUUAUUCUAAUUGCGUUUAGAUUUGUUGUUAGGCGAAGAAAAAAAUCUGGCGUGUUGUCGAGUCAUCUCUCGCUCAUCUCAACCAUAUAAAUCCACCGAAUUUAUUUUCUUCUCUGCAACUCCCCCUGAAUCUGAUUAACAAACGCCACUGCAUUUCUUCAGAUUUUAUAUUAAAAAAAAAAACCUUCUGCAGUUCUGUGUCUGUUACGGAUUGGGGUCGAUUCGAAGCAGGAAAGAUCAAAACUUGAAGUAAUUAUGGAGAUGGGUUUCCAGGAAAAUGAACAAAAUCAAGAAUUUGCCUCUCAGGUUGCGGGUCUAAUGGAGAUUGGAUCUGGGCAUUACGGUUGCUCACAUUAUAGAAGACGAUGCAAGAUUAGAGCACCAUGUUGUGAUGAAAUUUUCGAUUGCAGACAUUGCCACAACGAAGCUAAGGAUUCUCUUCGAACUGAACAGCUUCAUAGACAUGAGCUUCCUCGACAUGAAGUUUCAAAGGUCGUAUGCUCGCUUUGUGAGACAGAACAAGAUGUCCAGCAAAACUGCUCCAGUUGUGGUGUAUGUAUGGGGAAGUACUUUUGCUCGAAAUGCAAAUUCUUCGACGAUGAUCUUUCCAAGAAGCAAUAUCACUGCGAUGAGUGUGGGAUUUGCCGGACCGGAGGAGAAGAAAACUUCUUCCAUUGCAAAAGAUGUCGAUGCUGCUACUCCAAAGUUAUGGAGGAUAAACACCAAUGUGUUGAAGGCGCAAUGCAUCACAAUUGCCCGGUUUGUUUUGAGUAUCUGUUUGAUUCCACAAGAGAUAUAACAGUCCUGCGAUGUGGUCACACUAUGCAUUUAGAAUGCACAAAAGAUAUGGGGCUACAUAACAGAUACACAUGCCCUGUUUGCUCCAAAUCCAUAUGUGACAUGUCCAAUUUGUGGAAGAAACUUGAUGAAGAGGUUGCUGCAUACCCAAUGCCAAAAUUGUACGAAAAUAAGAUGGUAUGGAUUCUUUGCAAUGACUGCAGCUCAAACACGAACGUUCGGUUUCAUUUGAUCGCGCAUAAAUGCAGUUGCUGCGGUUCCUACAACACUAGACAGACGCAGAGAGGCUCGGAUAGUCACUCUUGCUCCUCUGGGGUGCCUCAGUUUAUUGGUUCGACCGGUUAAUUGUUAUUUUUUUAAACCGGAGCUGCUUAUUUACUAACCAGAUCUGGUUUUUACGCUAACCAGAGCUGGUUUUGUGUCUGAAUUUCCACAAGGGAGGUUAUUUGUACUAGAAGUAUCAAUCAAUUCUGGUUUAUAUCAGCA